AUGGCUCACAAGGAGCGUGUGGCCCACAUUAUUUGGGCGGCGCACAUCCUCUUCUACAUCACCAGUAGUCGAAGUCAUGCGAAGAUAUCACAGCACAGUGCUGAUACAGAGGAAUUCGAGGAUUGUGAAACGGAUUAUGAAACCGAAAAGGCAGUGGUUAUGGCUGGACCCAGAGAGUCUGUGUGCCGAAAGUUUUUGGACAGUAUCGCCCAGCUACUCUCACCAUCUAAGGGAUGGGCAGGUGUCACCGCAACAGCGCUACGCGAAUGGGAAAGCUACAUUGAGGUGGACAUUGCACGGAACGAUUGCUUUCUUAUCAAUAUGAACGUUCCCGAUUACGAGGUUACACGAUAUUGCAGAAGCCUGGAGCAAUAUUUGUUCACUUCUGCUCACGGUAAGGGCUUAUAUAUGAUACUCUCACCCAACAUAUUAAGACCGUUCGAUAUUCUGAAUCCUUACUGGUGCAUAAUAGAUGCGGGCAGCCCUGCGGUGCUCGCGACCGAGUUUGAGCGUAAUUCAAUACAAUAUACGCACCGCCGUGUCGAUUAUUGGAUUGCUAAGGUCCGGACAUUUUGGAAGACACACCGAAGCCACUGUAAUCGAGGGGAGCAACGUUUACCUGGAGCUCAAUUGGCUGGCGGCCCUUGGACAAAGAUGACCGAUUUCAUACGACAACUGGACGAUGUCGAUAUCGGCGAGGUCAGAGUUUCUAUAGUUCAGCAAGCCUAUAGAUGCAUCAUCUCAACUGAACUCCAAACCUGGCUCCAAGACGCCUUUGGCACCACGGCUAGUUCGAAGCUUUGGAACAGUUUGAGAUUCGUUGCCAGGCCAUUGAUAGAUUGCAGACUUUUGCGGUCGAUAGCUACCCGGGAGCCGCACUUCCAGAACGUCCGGACCUCAUUGGUUUCUCCCAAACCAAAGAUAGGGGUUCAUCCGGAAUACCGCGUUUCCAUAUCCGCGGCCUGGUCCCAACUGGGAUUUGCCCAAGUAUCUGAUUUCGAGACUAAAAUGAUCAUUCCAUUCCGGGACAAUUUCAAAGAAGCUUGCCUAGAUUCAUUUUGCCUGCAUGCUGAGAUGCAGCUUAUAUCUCACUACGAGGCCGAUGCACUCAUACCAACAAUAGACUACUUCGGAUGCAGCAAAAAGACCUGUUUACUAUGUGAAACUUUUCUCGGUGCUUUGCCAAGGCCAAUUUCCACGCGAGGGAGACAUGGUAUUUGCUAUCCUGCCUGGGGCUUACCAGAUUCGAGAUCAAGCACAAUGAAAAAUGCUAUGCGAACCCUAGAGGGUCAACUUUUGCUGCGUAUCAGAUCAAUCCUCAAAGGUUUCAUGGAAGGUGACAAGAUCAGUUUCCCUGAACCAACCCCUCAAUCCAGCGUUGUUUCGGACUUCUCGAGACUUACACUAGAUGCCUGGCUGAAUAUGGAGGAGAAUUUGAAGCUCUCUAGACAUCAAGAAGAAACCCGGCGGCACGAAUUUUUGACCAGUGCAGGGCUUGAUUUACCUCCGCGGCCGACAGGUCACUCGCUUGAGUUAUUUGAGCCACAAGAUUCCUGCGUUAUGUGUAACUUGAAGCCAGCUCGACGGUGCUCACAGUGUCAGAGUUCAUACUACUGUUCCCGAGAGUGCCAAAAAAGUGACUUUCCUUCCCACAAGUUACUCUGCAAACAGUUCUCUACCAAGCCCCUCCGACCAUCCACUGAGCACAAACUAGCAAUAUUCUUCGCAGUGGAACCAGUGAAGCCGCAAUUGAUUUGGGUGCCACCUAAACGCAAAACUGACGGAGAUGGUGCGACUUGGACAGAAAUCGAUUUAUAUCCUUACCUCGGAACCGACAGUCCCAUUAAAGGAACAUUGCGAGUCGAACACAACCCAGUACGAAACAGAAACCUCGGGUCUGGGUUCGCUUUCUGGGCUUCAUCUCAGAUGGGUUACUGUGUCUCCUUGGUACACAGAGAUGCCUACUUAUUAGACGGGUCAAUUAGCAAUGGUAGUAUUUCAAUAUCGGUCGGGUCAUCAGGUACACUCCCGCAUCAUUACCGAGGGCCUAUGGUUGCAGUACACCAGCUUCCGCGUGAAUCGUACGGUGAUAUCACGCUAGCAGACUUUCGACAUCUCAUUGAUUAUCUAGUGAGUUACCGAUCGACACAAGUCCGGGAGAGUGAUCUAAUUCACGAUAUUCGCGCCCCGUUAAUGAUCCGUGGUGUAAAAAUCUGCUGCUACGGUGAAGUCAAACUUCAUGGGACGGACGAGUUCGUUUCUGUCGACUUCACCAGGGCCACACGAAUUGCCCUCGGCAACGGGAAUAUAUCGCCGAUUUCUUCUUGCCUUGGCAUGCCCCUGAAGUUGUGGAAAGAUCCUGGUUGCGAAUUUUGGCUUGACCCUCCAGGAUGGCCGACUGGAGACAUGACACCCGAUAGUAAUCCAAAUGCCGCUUUUCUGAUGAUGGAAACUUGUCCUUCUAAGCCAGAAUGGGGCUGGGCACCUGACUAUUGGAACAGAGACAUUGGUAAUGUCCUGGUCCUUCGUGAAAAUGGGGAAGAUCUAAAUGUGCAGGAUCUGAAAAUGAUAUGUCACUUUGCCAGGUUCAUUCUGCAGCCUAUGUUUGGGGAUACUCUGGAGGCCAGUCCCACUUCUCAGGAAAGACAGCAAGUCUUAGAUUUCAUUAAUUGGGAGAACGUGAUUAAGCAUUCGGGGAAUGGAAACCGCGUGGCAUGA